AUGGCUUCAAGAAAUAAAUGCACAGCCUGUGCAGGUACGGUGCCAAUGAAGGAAAUUCUACACUGCAAAUUUUGUGAGUUGGUGAUUCAUUGGAAGUGCGCUUCCAUUUCUGAGCAAACAAGGAAGGAUAUUCAACAAUGUACCGGUUUAAUAUGGUGUUGUAGUGGCUGUGUUGGACAGAUGGAAGCUCUCAAACCAGGCAGUCAGUUAAGCGUGAUGGGGGGCGGUAUAAAAACGAUUCAUGAAAGCAAUGCGGUUAUUAAUAACCAAAUUAAAGAUUUGUGGGGAGAUUGCAACAACGUCAUUAGUGGUCAAAUAAAGGAGAUAAAAACAGUACUUGAUAAAAAAAUCACGGAAGAUAUUCUGGAUAAAAAAAUAAAUUCACUACAAGAUGGUCUUAAAAAUGAGGUUGAAGAAAGAUCGUUCAACUUUAUAAUUUUUAAAUUGAAGGAAAGUAACAACCUCAGUUUUAAUGAUAGCAAAAAAGAAGAUGAUGAAAGGAUUAUGCGCAUUCUUAGCGCAAUAACAGAUGAAAAAAUUGAUAUGUCAAAUGUUGUUAAACACUACAGAUUGGGCAAGAGAUCGGAUAAUGUCAGGCCGCUGUUGGUUAGACAGAAGUCAAAGAUUUUGAAAAACUUAAUUAUGGAAAGUCUAAAUAAUUUGAAAAAUUUAGAUGAUGAUCUGAAAGGAAUAGUUAUUGGCCACGAUAUGACAAAAGAUCAAAGAAUUAAGUGA